CCCUUCCUUCCUUCUCCUAUUGAUCCUUAACAAGCAUCGUUCGUUGGUCCCCAAGAAAGAGAUGGAGGUGAAGAAGAGAGCGGCAGCCAUUGCCGCCCUGUGCAUCAUGCUCCUCCUCGUGCUGCCGUCUGGGCAGCGGCAGCAGGUGGCCGCCAUGUCCGACUUCUGCAAGUGCUUCAAUGACUGCUACCCUGGGUGCAGGAGCCCCGGCGUGCCGCGCUGGCUCUGCAUCCCGCUCUGCGCCAACAAGUGCAGCCCCAACACCAACCAGGCCGGCGACAGUGUCGGCUCUGCCGCCGCCACGUGCAGGAUGGCCUGCAAGAUACACAUCUGCGACUCGUCAGAGGCGCCAGCCGAUGCAGCUGACGCCGACGUCUGCGUGCAGAACUGCAACAAGAUGAAGAUAUGGAGCCACAAGGCCCAUAAUUAGCUUUCAAGCUGCUCUAGAAGAGAAAAAGAUUUGAAGAGCUAGCUUGUCGAUCAUGGGAUCGUAUAUAUAUGAUGUUGAACUGCUGUGAUUGUGGCGGCAACCAAUAAAAUGAGUUUAUGCGUCUGUCAUGUCAUCUAUACUAUUAUACGUAGAGAAAACCCAAUAAAUGUUAAUCGGUCUUUGGUUUGGCCAACACCUG